AAGGGUGUGCAAACCGUCGAGACAUCGCUCUAGUUAUUUGCAUAUCUAUGGUACAAUCCUCUGCCUGGGCGUGCUUUCGUGUGAAAUAAGGUUAUAAACACCAAUUGUCGGAGGGGGGCGCGCUGUUAGGAUGUAUGUUUUCGGCAUUAGAAACACAAGAACCGUUCGACUUCUGACACACAUUUUCUUUAAAGAUAUUUCUCAUACAACUGCAAAUAUGAGUUCUCAAGUGCUCCUGCGGGUUCUCCCUAGUAGCAAGUGCUUGUUCAAUGAGCCGAUUUGGAUCAAAGUUGAAGGACUAGUCCCGGGACAGAGCGUGGAAUUGAGAGCAAGACUCAGAGAUGACAAAUGUGUAACAUUCAAGUCCUCUGGCACGUACAAGGCAGAUCCAAGAGGAGAGAUCCGUUUAGACAACGAUCCUUCCCUCGGCGGCAGCUACAGUGGAGUUGCACCCAUGGGUCUCUUUUGGUCCAUGAGACCGGAGACUCCCCACGUGAAACUACGGAAGAAGGAUGUGUUAAGCCCGUGUCUUGUGGAUAUCGAAGUUCACGACAGCGAGAGGCAGGGGCAUGUUCUCGCCAGAGAGACUAAUCAGAGAGGAUUCAUGGUAGAGGGUUUGCGGCGGAUACCCGUGAAAGAAGGAAGAAUAAGGGGUAUCCUCUUUCUACCGCCUGGUCCAGGUCCAUUCCCAGGCAUUGUGCAUAUGCAUACUUUAGGUGGUGGUUUGUCAGAGGUCACUGGAUCCCUGCUAGCAAACCAGGGCUUUGUGGUUUUGAGUCUGGCUUUCUAUGGCUACGAAGAUUUGCCCAAAAAGAUUAAGAAGUUUGAUUUGGAAUACUUUGAAGAGGCCAUACUGUUGCUGAGGAAUGUGCCUGAGGUCAAAGCACCUGGAGUUGGCAUACUGUCCAUCUCGAAGAGUGGCGAUUUGGCACUGUCCAUGGCCUCUUUCCUGACUGGAGUUUCAGCAACAGUCUGUGUCAAUGGUUGCAAUGCUAACACAAUGAUCCCCCUGCACUACAGGGGCAUGGUCAUCCCACCUCUUCUCUCAGAUCCAAAUAAAGCGAGAGUCGCAGAGUCUGGGGUGUUGGAUAUUAGCGACGCCCUUUUGGACCCCAGGGCCCCGGAGAACCAGGGAUCCCUCAUCCCCAUCGAGCGAGCCAAGUGCAAGUUCCUGUUUGCUGUAUCAGGGGAUGAUAGAAACUGGAAAAGCUGCUCUUAUGCAGAGCAGAUGAUGAAGCGACUGAAGGAUAAUGGGAAAGAUGAUGCUGAGGUGGUGGUUUACCCGAAGGCAGGGCAUUUUCUGGAGGUUCCCUACAUGCCACAUUGUGCCACUGGCAUGCAUGCUGCCGCGGGCAAUGCUGUGGUGGCGUUUGGGGGUGACCCCAGUGCUCAUGCUGAGGCGCAGGUGGACCUCUGGAAUAGAAUUCCAGCAUUUUUCAGGAAACACCUUGACAGCAACAAUGACCAUAAUUCAAAACUCUAACUUCCAUACACUUAUGCCUCCUAAUACAUAUGUACCUGCACGUACAUAUACCUCUAACCAGACAAUCUAAAGGAGUACAGCUGUGUACCCUGUGUGUGAAGAGGCAUGGGAUAGCUACACUGUUUUUCUUGCCUUCAUUGUUCGCUUAUUAAGCAAUGUUUUUUGCUACAGCAAUUCAACAAUCUUGCUUGAUGUAUUCACAGCUAGCUCCCUAAGUAGUUAUGUAAAGAAUAAUCCACAGAAAAGUGGUUGUUAAAGGUUUUAAUGGAUGAUGUAGAUUAAUAAGAGCCUCCAUGGAGCGGUUGAAAUCUUUUUAACAACCACUUUGUUGAUUAGUUGAUUAUUCCACUUAUACCAUGGUCUUAUACCAAAUAUCAUAAUAUAAGCAGUGGUCAUUAAUCAUUUUGGGCUAUUCGUCCUCAGAAUAAGUACUUCAAGCCAUUAAGAUGGCUACUGUUUCAGCAUGUCGCUAUGGUUAUAUAACCAUUUUAUGGCUAAAGUAACUAAUUGUAAACUGUUUUCAGUCAUGAACAAAAACUGUUAAAGAUUGUACCCUCAAGUUUGUAUAUUUUCAUACUUGGCAAAGCUAAGCCCGUUGGGUGGCUACGAGUUAGCCAACUUAUUUUUUCAAUAAAAUUCAGUUGGAUGAUAUCCAGAGGUUGUUCAAAUAUUUCCGAAGGUUAGCUAGCUGGCUAACUCUGCUUUGUGAACUAACCCCUUGGAGCGGUGUAUUGUGACUCACAGUGCUACUAUGGGAGGAUUGUGGUCUACCAGUACAGGUCAGGGGACGUUUGUAUGGGAAAGCUGCAAUGCAGUAGGCCCUGGAGAAUAAGCUGGAUAGGGAUUCCUUGUGGUAAAACGGGAACACAUACACUCACUGAGCACUUAAUUAGGUAUUUAUUUAUUUAUCUUUUCUUUUCUUUUUUAACUUAUUGCUCGUCUGUUGCUGUAGCCUAUCCACUUAAGAGGUUUGACGUGUUGUGUGUUCCGAGAUUUUCUUCUACAUACCACUGUUGUAAUGUGUGCUUAUUUGUGUUACAGUCACCUUCCUGUCAGCUUUGACCAGUCCGGCCCUUGUUAAUGAGAAAUGUCCGAGGACAAUGCAUUUUUGCCAGCAGAAUUGCUGCUCACAGGAUGUUUUUUGUUUUCACACCAUUCUCUGCAAACUAGAGACUGUUGUGCGUGACAAUCCCAGGAGAUCAGCCGUUUCUGAGAUACUCAAACCACCCUGUCUGGCACCAACCAUCAUUCCACGGUCAAAGUCACUUUUAAAAAUCACAUUUCUUCCCCAUUCUGACAUUUGGUCUGAAACUGCUGAACCUCUUGACCGUGUCUGCAGGCUUUUAUGCAUUUGGUUGCGGUCACAUGAUUAAAUAUUUGCAUUUACAAGUUGGUGUACAAGUCUACCUAAUAAAGUGCACAAUGAGUGUAUUCUUACUCUUUUGUAGCCUUAGGUUGACCUGAGUCUGUCCAUCUGGUCAAAGGUGUCAGGUCCUUUUCUGUCACUUACUAAAUCUACUGGGUAAUGAGGUCAGGAUCUCUCUGUCUUUCACUCAUAAUCAGUAAUGAAAUGUACAAAUGGGUGCUGGGACAUCAAAGCCUUGGGCAUGAAGUCACUGGUGUCGGGACAGGGGGAGGGAUGGGCUGGACACCCUGGGAGUGUGGAGGGUAGUAAUUAAUUGGUGGAUACAGUCCAAUAUGAGUGACCAAUGAUUGUCAAUAAAGAUGGAUCAUGCAUGCAGUUUCCUUGGUGUUCUCUUGGAAUGCCCUUGUGAACUCUCCCUGUGUACACUGGUAAAUCAAUUGUUACUGAUUGGACCGUCUCAUGUCUUGUAGUUCCUGAGUCUGUUCCUGAGUUGGUCACCACAUCAGUGUAAAUUAAUAAUAAACAAUGGUGGAGCUCUGAAA